AUGGCUAUUGCUGGUUUGCACAGUGUGUCUAUGCUGGAUUCUUCUUUGUUGAGGGACUCGCAGACUCAGGCGUCUAGAAGGAGGGGAGAUGGAAGAAGGGGUAGCACUCGGUCGUCUUCACUUUUGCACAUGUGGCGAGAGAUUGAGGAUGAACAUGCGGUGAGUCAAGUUCAAGGUAGCAAUGGGUUGAUUGCGGAUCUUUCAUUAGAAGAUACACCUGAUAGCCCAGAGAUAGGACAAAGGCAUGGUUUGGACGAUGCUGUUUUUGGUGAGAAUGAGUCGGAAACAUGGUCACAGUCACAAAGUCAGAAUGAGUCACAUGAUGAUCAUGAGGAUUUAAAUAAUUCUAGCUGUGAAAAUUCUUCUGUUUUUGGAGAAGUUGAAAGGGAAAGAGUGAGACGAAUUUUCAGGGAAUGGAUGAAUAGCGGAUCUAGGGAUUGUGGAUCAACCAUUUCCCGAAGAAGUAGUAGUCCAAGGAGAGAAUGGCUUGGAGAAACUGAACAGGAAAGGGUGAGAGUUAUAAGGGAGUGGGUACAAAUGAGCAGCCAGCAGAGAAAUGUUUCUUCUGGGGAGAACAGGGAACAACCGUGUGCUGAAAUUGGUACACAAAUUGAACGCGUGCGUGAUAGAUUUGUGGUUAACAGUGGUGGCGGCCAAAGUGAACAUAUACUGAGGGGUAUGCGUAAAAUACGUGGCAGGCAGGUUAUGCUCGAUAUGCUUAAGAAGGCUGACAGGGAAAGGCAGAGAGAAAUUCAGGAGUUGCUGGACCAUCAGGCUGUAUCUCGUUUUCCCCAUCGCAACCGCAUUCAGGCAUUGCUUAGAGGCAGGUUCUUGAGAAAUGAUAGAUCCACUGAUCAUAACAGGUCCACAUCUGUAGCAGAAAGUGAAUUAGGUCUAUUGAGGCGAAAGCAAACAGUAUCAGGUCUGAGGGAAGGGUUCUUCUCUAGAAAGGACAGUACCGGUUCCAGUCAAGCAACCAGCAACCUAUCUGACACCUCAUCAAACAUUGAUGUUGAUUUUAAUACAAAUGAACAAGCCGGAGAAAGUAGUUCAUGUAUUGUUGUUGGAGAUAAUAGUGCUGGGAUAUCUGGUGGCCACUGGCUAGAAGGAACUACAUGUGAGAGUUUUGAUUUGCAAGAAUCUAUUACUGCCGAUGCAGAAGGAAAGCAGUUGCAGUGUUUGCAAAUUGAAUCAGUAGAUGGGCAGUCAUCAGUCAGUGUUGUGUGUGAAAGAAGAAAUGACACUGGGCAAAAUGUUGAUAUGGUGGAAAUCAGAGAUACAGCUAAUGAACUUAUCCAACAAAGCUUACAAAUUGUUGAUUCAGAGCAUAACAAUAUUCAGGAAUUCAGCGAGGUGCACAUUGAGCAAUCUGAGCUGGGUGAUAUAAGUAUUGAUGAAAUUUAUUCAUCGAAUCAGAUUGGUUAUCCAGAGGGCAAUGGUGUCGAUAAUGUUAAUUAUGGAUCCAGUGCUCUAGAAGAACCACUGGAAGAUAUUGUUGAAACUGAAGGAAAUGGCUGGCAACGGAGUAACACUGAAUGGAGAAAUAACACUAAUGAAGGAGUGGAUGAUAAUCAGCUCAGCAAUACUGCAAAUGAGUGGCCUGAAAACAUUUGGGCAAAUGAGGAUGGAGAAAAUCCUCGUCUGCCAGAAGCUUCUGAAGUGUGGCAAGAGGAUGGUGGCUUCCAAGAAGCAGUGGAAAAUUGGUUGGGAGGACCUUCUAACAAUGAAACUGCUCCAGGUGGUAGAGUUAAUAAUUUUUAUUUUCCUGAUGAUGACAAUGUAUACAGUGUUGAACUCAGGGAACUUCACAGUAGGAGACGCGUCUCUAAUCUUCUUGGAAGUAGUUUCCGUGAGAAUCUUGACCAAUUGAUACAAUCAUAUGUUGAAAGACAAGGUCAUGCAAACAUGGAGUGGGAUAUGGAAGAAGCAACCCCUUCGGCUGCUCUAGUAGAACAGAACCUCGAGCAUCCGCGGAGAGAUCAGAUUGUUGAUCAAGAGACUACUAUUAAUAGUUCACCUGACUUGCCCUCUUUGCAUACACCUCCUACUCCGCCUCUUUGGGAUCAGCAUCGCCAUGAUGAUAACUGGCCACACAAUGAUGAUUUGGAGAUUAUUAAUGACUUGAGACUUGACAUGGCUAGAUUACAUCAAAGAAUGAAUAGUAUGCAGAAGAUGCUCGAGACAUGUAUGGAUAUGCAGCUUGAAUUGCAGCGCUCAAUAAGACAAGAAGUUUCUGCGGCCCUAAAUCGCUCGGGUGAUUCACCUGGAAUACAUGACUGCAAUUCACCAGAUGACAGUUCUAAAUGGGAAUGUGUGAGAAAAGGACUUUGCUGUAUUUGCGGCGAAGGCAAUAUUGAUUCUUUGUUGUACAGAUGUGGUCACUUGUGCACAUGUUCAAAAUGUGCCAAUGAGUUGCUUCAAAGUAGAAGGAAAUGCCCAAUGUGUCAAGCCCCUGUUUUGGAGGUGAUACGUACUUAUUCUAUACUAUAA